UUCAUAAACAUAACAAUAAGUUGACCGCACAAAUCGAUUACAAUUGAUUUGUUUUGUAUAAAAUAUAAUUAAACUUAAAUUAAUUGAUAAUAAUGAGAACAAAUCAAUACUUUUUACUAUUUAUAUUUUGUAUAUCAGUGAACGCAUCUGAAGGACCAAAAAAUUGUUCAAUUGAUAAUGUAAACGGGGCGAUUUGUGAUGAGAAUGAAACAUGCUCUGAAAUAAAUAAAUCAUCAAAAAUUGGAAUUUGUAAAUGUAAAGCUGACUAUGAACGUUCCAAGCACAAUCAAUCAUGCAUUCACGUACAACCACUUGUGACAACACUAAAACCGAUCACAACAAAGGAUACACUUGUUGCCGUCGAAGAAAUCUCGAGUAAAACAGAUGUAUUAAGUGUAUCAUUGAUAAUUUUAUUAUUAGCAUUUGGAUUUGUUUUUGGAAUUUAUUAUGGGGAGAAAAAAUUUGGAAUUGUUACACGAUUACGUAUCCGACUCAGUCGAAAUAAUACGUAUGAUGAAGUCUUAAUUGGACAAGAUGAUGAUGAUGAUCCUCCAAUAGCGUAAAUUUUUUAUACCAGAAAACAUAUUUUGCAGAUCAUUUAAAUUUCGAUUUAUUCUAAUAAAAUGAAAAAAAGACUACAAAAGCACCGAGAGCUGAUUUUUUUGCUAAAAGCUUUCUCAGGUAUAUAAAAACUUAUCUUGCCUUACAGCAAUCGAGAUGAAAGUGGAGUUUUUGGCAAGAAUUAAAAACUAUUAACUUUAGUUGAUAACAUGCUUUGAGGAAGAAGAGAUAAUCGAAUUCGAUUUAUACCAGUUUUAAGUUCUUUUCAAUGAUUGUCCUUUGGAGUGUUUUCGGUUUAAAUAAGAAAUCUGUGAAACUAAAACCGAAAGCACACAAGUUUCAAUUAUGUGGUUCGCAAUUUUCUUAU